AGGGCGCGGGGGUGGGCGACCCCUGCGUGGAAGGUCACUGCGGCCCCGGAACCCACACUAUUUGCAACAACAAGACCAAGACCUGCAUGUGUGAUUCCUACCACCCCGUGACCAUUAGCUCCCAGCUGUGUGCCAAAGGGGCUUUGUUGGGAGCACCUUGUUUCCACCAUGACCAGUGCCAAUACUACGACGUCAACUCCCUGUGCCAGGAGGAGGGCAGCAGCUCCAAGUGCCAGUGUCAGGACAAGUAUGAACUCAGAACUAUCGAGGGCCUCAGCAUCCCCAAAGUCUGCUUCCCUGAUCUGGAGUCCCUAAAGGCGGACGUCCCCACGCUACUCGGCCUUGGUCUGGCGCUCUCCAUGCUGUCUGCCCUCAUCUGUUUGGUGCUCAAGAUUUUCGCACGAGCUCGCUUCGCCCGCCCCCGCCGCUACGCCGACGCGCGCAUCAACCCCCCGCUUACUGUGUCGGAGACCUACGCCGCCUUCGCCCUCGCCGCCAACGCUUCCAGCAGUAGCAGCCCAGCGCGCGGCCGCCAGCCCUCUAUUCGCUCAACUAAGUCAGCCUCAUCCUCGAGAAGACCUUCCUACAGCUCCCUGCACAGUGUUCGUCCUGGCACUCGUCGUUCCUCCCAGGCGUCCCUUCGUCUGGUGGUAGGGGAAGGGCGUGGUGAGCCCAUUGGCUACUACGUCUGCAUAAGGGAUCCCGCCACCGUGCACUCCAGAGGAGGGUCAAGGAGGCCGUCUCAAAGCUCCAUGGCCUCAAGCUCCGGGGACCUGCGUGAGGGGAGGAUGCACCACUACCUGUACCUGCGUGCGCCCAACUACUCGCUUACCUCGGAGACCAACACCACCACCACCGGGACCUCGGACUCCUCCCCUAGAACGCCCAAAAGCGCCGAGCAACUCCUGGCAGUGUACUCGGUGCCUGAGGCCGCCUCCCCCGAACCACCACCGUGCAAACCACCACCACCACCACCACCACCUCCCCAACAGCCCUCAACCUCCCACGCCACCUCCGCCUCAACCGCCGAGGGGCCGUGACAGCACUCGGUCUUGGAGCUCGGUGGCGUCGGCUCCUCUCACACGACCACCACGAUUGGCUACUCUAGUGACGACGUGUUCAAGGAGGAGGACGA